UGGCGAAACUCUCCGGUGGUAGCGAAACUGUCUACACCUCUUCGAUUCCUCCAUCAAGUCGAACCCAAUCAUCAACCACUUCAAGUACGUUGUCGAUGCACCGGACGGACUCGAUUAUCCAGUUUCGAUAUAAACGGACAAAGAGCGAUAGUUUCUCCUUAACCUUCAGGUGUGCCAUCUCUGUUCAUCAUAUACUCUAAUUUUAGAUCUCUUGAUAGAUCAAUGAAACCGCUUUCCGUUGAAAAUCAAAGUACUCCAUCCCCCUUAACAAGGAAACGCCCUCGUCCAUCCGCGUCAUUUCACGUUCAUUCCCCUUACUUGAUUGCUAACUCUGCCAACCAUAAGAAGCGUCGUCUUCUUCGACACGCUACGAUUGCUGAUCCGAACAGAUACGCAACCCGUACAGCGUCUUUCAGACGUGCUCUUUCGCUGAGAUCUCAAGCGCCGGACAUUCAAGAAAAAGCCCAUCUUACUGUCAUCCCGACGCCUGCCUCGCUGAAUGCGGGGACCAGUAGUCUUUGUUCGACUCUGGAUUUGGAACCCUCGCCAGGUUGGAUCCCUACUGUUCCUUGUAGUCCCGAGCCUGAACAACCAGCACAUACUACUCCUCUCCGGCGCGCUCAAAACUACCGCGACCCACUUUUCGACCCAGAUGUUAUUUCUCCUAUCGCGAAAGACGCUCAAAAGGCGUACGACGUUUCCAAGAAGCAGGCUCGUAUCCUUUCUUCCAAAGUUCCAAUCAUUGCUCCGCCACCUAAUCAUGUAUAUUCCCCGCCGUUGAGCGAAGCGUCACAAGCGAAGUUGAGACUUAUACGGUUUCGAGAACGCGAACAAAUGAUGAGGGACACCGAUUUCGAUAUGAUGCACAAGACAGCUGACGUCUUGGCUCCUUCUACCCCAUCAACGUUAGCAGCGGAAAUGAGAUCUGUUGUCGUGAAUGAAGGGCAUAGUGAGGAUGUUGAGAUGCAUCUUGAAGAACUUGACGAUGAGACUGAUCAGCUGCAAGCAGAGGAUUCCAAAGUUAGCCGUAGAACCAGUUAUAAGAGAUGCGCAGGAAUUCAUGGGUCAGGAACGAGGAUGAUCCAAUGGAUUUUGGAGGCGCUACCUUCUACUUCAUCCUCAGGCUCAGAAAAUAACUCGAACUCAUCGUCCUCUUCCUGUUCUGGAACAAGCUCGUCGAGUUCCAGUCACUCUCUUGAUCCUUCUAAUGCAGCUUCACACAGCGAAAGGCUUUCUGAUCUCUGUGAACAGCUGCUCAAUUCUCCCGAGACUAGAUUCCAUGCAGCUUAUCUUUUCAUGAGGUUCUUCCAUCUGAUAUUUGAAGCAGCAUAUGAGUCGGAUUCGGAAGAGAAUGAACAUGUUGGCGAGACGGCGCUCGAGGAAUUUGCGCGCAGAUUUGCCUUGGAUGUUGAUGGGUCUGAGCUUGUGACUUGGGACGUUGCAGUUGGAUGUUUAGCUCUGAGCGUCAAGAUACACAGAGAUUUUCUUCCGCCUCUUUAUCCGAUAUUCUCGUCAGAUUACGAGGAACUUGCCCCUCAUGAAAUGGGAUAUGGGGAUCUUGAGGCCGCUCAAAGAGACAUACUCCUGGCCCUAUCAUACAAUUUAGGAAGCACCCCUCAAGCUGUCCUUGAUGACUUAUGGAUCGCAUUGCCCUCUUUGAGAGAGCUCCUCGAUUUCAAUGAAGGUUGGAGCUCGGUCUUACAAGAAACUUGGCUUAUCCUUUUCGAGGUCGUUUGUGAGCCAGAUAUCAUGAACUUUUCGCUAUCGCUUCUUACUGCAGCUGCCGUUAUUGAAGGCCUCGAAUCCGCGCUUAUCCGUCAGUAUCAGACCCGAGACCCUUGGUAUGAACUUUUCCGAUGCAGGAGGCUAUCGGCGGUGAAGAAGCAAAAAGCAGAAGCAGAAGGAAGCUAUCUCGAAUUCGUAAGAUCAAGGGUUCCUUUGCGACGAUCCUCUCCAUCAUCGUCAUCGUCAUCGUCCAGCCAUGAUACCAAAGCCACUCACAACAUGCCAUAUGUCAAUCGUGGUGGAGAUGAAUUUGCGCUCCGUAAAGCGAAGGAACGUGUACGCAAGGCGAAGAUCGAAUCCGAAGGGGUUAUGUUGGAUAUUCAAGCGGCUUUGGGGAUCGCAGACGAACAAUUGGAAGCAUGUAGAAAGUGGAUUGCGCCGUUUGUUGGCGAUCGAUGGUGAUAGAUUGGUGUGAUUUGCGCGUUUCUGCGGACGCUUUGCAUGCUUAUAUGUAUCUUUCAUUUCGUCAAAUGCUGUUGUCUCUAUUGUCCUGCACUCUUUGUUGUACCCUUUGUAUUCUGAUCAUCCACUCAUGAACGUUUGAACAUUCGA